CCUAGCACUGCCAGCCCCGCACCCAGCCCAGUGCCGGGGAGAGGAGAUGGGCGCAGGACGGGGCGUCCCCAUGGCCCAGCUGGCCCUGCUCACCCUGCUGGCCCUGCCGGGUGCCGGGGCAGUGACAGGGGACCACAUGCACUCUCAAGUGAAUUUCUACCAGCGCACGGACCAGUCCCAGCGGGGGUCGGGUGAGUACAUGCAGGACUUCGACCAUGAGGAGAUGUUCUAUGUGGACCUGGAGAGGAAGGAGACCGUCUGGCGCCUGCCUGACUUCAGCAAGUUCACCAGCUUCGAGGCGCAGGGCGCCCUGAGCAACAUCGCCGUGCUGAAGAACAACCUGGAGAUCCUGAUCAAGAGGUCCAACCACACACGGGCUGAGAAUGUGCCCCCUGAGGUGACCAUGUUCCCUGAAGACCCCGUGGAGCUGGGCGAGCCCAACGUCCUGAUCUGCUUCGUGGACAAGUUCUUCCCACCGGUGCUCAGCGUGACGUGGCUGAAGAAUGGGCAGGAGGUGACCGAGGGCGUCUCCGAGACCGACUUCUACCCCCGCCCAGACUACUCUUUCCGCAAGUUCUCCUACCUGCCCUUCCUCCCCAGCCAGGGCGACUUCUACGACUGCCGAGUGGAGCACUGGGGGCUGCCCGAGCCCUUCACGAAGCACUGGGAAGCCCAAGUGCCCACCCCUGUCCCCGAGACCACAGAGACCCUGGUGUGCGCCCUGGGCCUGGCCGUGGGCAUCGUCGGCAUCAUCGUGGGCACCAUCCUCAUCAUCAAGGGGAUGAAGAUGAACGCCGCCCGCAACCCGCGGGGCCCCUUAUAAACACGGGGAGGAGCCGGGGGCCCCGAAUCCCCCAAGUGCCUUCGUGAGACCUGUUCACGCACACACACACACCCAGCACUGCCCUCAGCGUCCCUGCUCUGCUCCCAUCAGUGCCAGCUGCUGUACCCAAGCGGGAGCCCCCCGGCCCUGUAAUUGCAUCGAGCCAACCCACUAGAGACUCCCUGGGGAGCCAGCGCCUUGGACUUCCCUCACUCACCCCCUGCUGGGCUGGGGGGGGGCACCUAUCCAGAGAGAGGGCUGCUGCCCCAUAGGGCUGGGAAUGGGGGUCGCACCUCGUCAGGGAGCAUCAGGGGAGAGGACUGCUGCCCCAUGGGGCUGGGAAUGGGGGUUGCCCCUCAUCGGGGGGCAGCAGGGCCCACAAGGCUGAUCCAAACCCCAUUGCCGUCAUGGGGAAGGUUUCUCUUGACUCCAGUAGGCGCUGGAUUGGGCCCCGAGCCCGGCCCCUAUUGGCCAGAGGCUGCUGUCAGUCACCCCAGGUAAUGCCCCUCCUGCCAUUACCGCGAAGGCUUUGGGCCCAUGCCUGGGGUAGGGGGGCAGCAGCCCCAGUUAAAGGCCUCAUUGUGCCCAUGUGCAGCUCCCCUGGGGUCCAGCCCUGCUGAGCCCAGCGCCCAGCGUGGGGUCUGUGUGGGAAGGACCCAGUCCCUGUACAGCCCCCGCCCUGUGCCCCAGGUGUGUCCACAGUCCUGCGCCCCCAUCACUCUGCAGCUUUGCCAACAGCAAUAAAGUGGGUUUGGGUCA